UCUCUUUUUCUUUUCCGUUUUAUUUUCCUCCCCCCCACCCCGCUCCAUCGCUCGCUGCGCGCACAGAUCGCUGCCAUCCACACUUGAUAUCCAGACUGACAAAGCAAGAACAGCGGACGCCAGUACAGAGGAAGCACGCAGCCCCAUGGGAUGGCCACCGAUGGAGGACGGCCGUCGACGACGCCGCAGUACGACCCGUUUGGGCUGAGUGCCGCUGCGCUGCUCCACGGCGACACGAGCGCCGGCGGCGGCAGCCCCGAGAACCACAAGGACAAGGAAAGGGAAGCGACGGGCACCGACGAAGAGACAGGCACACGGCGGGGCCGCCGACGGAGAAGCUCGGAGCUGCCGCGGUCUGCCGCCGCCGCGCCGCCCACCAGGGCUGAGGUGGGGCCCAGCCAUGCGAUUCCGAUCGCAGCGCCCAGUGCCGGCGGCAGUCACGCUAUUCCCUCCUCGUCUUCAUUCUCGCCCUCGCCUUCGUCCUCGUCGCGGCUCUGGUGGCAGCGCGGCCCCGACGGCGAGGGCGAUGGCGACGGCGAUGCGUUGGAUGGCAGCCGGCCCCGGCUGCACGUCGAUGCACAGCAGGCCGCCACGACGAGGAGCUACGGCGAUGGCGAUGGAAGCCAGAACAGCAACAGUCAAAGCGAGGUCCAAGAGCGGCGGCGAAUGCAGUCGCCCGCAGCGAGCUUCCUGUCGAGCAUGAACGAGCGCCUGGCCUCGCCCGGUGCGUCGCUCCUGCGCGGCCACUCGCAGUCGUACUCGGCCGCGCACGUGCCCGGCCCGUCGCACUCGCUCUCCCCGCCUGGCAGUCCGGCGACGCAGCUGCACGAGUCGGCCUUUAGCCAGCCAGCCGGUGGCCUGAGUGGGCUCUCGGGUGCCGCAGCGGCCCUGUACGAGCGGCAGGGGGCUCCAUCGUCGUCGUCGUCGUCGCUGCUGCCCCUGCGGCCCGACGACGAGGGCGCAUACAUCGUCGGUGGGCGCUACCGCCUCGGCCGUGCCAUUGGCUUUGGCGGCUUUUCUACCGUGCGCGAGGCCUGGGACACGCAGCGCGGCGGCGGCGACGACGAUGACGACGACGACGACUCCACACCCGUCGCCGUCAAGAUCGUCUACGGCCAGCCGGCGACGAUGGACGACGAGGUGAAUGUCUGGCGCGCUGUGCCCCGCCACGCGCACCUGCUCCCGCUCCUCGACCACGAGCGCAUCGACACGGACAGCGGCACGCUCGACUUUCUCGUCAUGCCCCUCUGCGCCGGCAGCCUCCUCCAGCACAUCCGCCAUGCCGCGCCGUCUUCAAAUGCUGCGCCUGCUUCUGCCACUGGUGCAGCUGCCCACGUGACUGGUCCGCGCAACUCGGCGCCGUCGCCGCUCGCAUUUGCCGAGCGCACCGGCUCGGGCUUCAAGCUGCGCAUGGCCUCGGGGCCCUCUUCCACGGCGGCGGCGGCGGCAGCAGCGGUGGAUGCGGGCUUGACGGCAGCGGCAGGCGCGGGGACAACAGCGGCGUCGAGCGCAGGGAUAUUCACGAUGGCAUCGCCACCGUCGCCCAACGGCAGUGGGCUCCUGCGGCGUGCCUCGUCGCGCGCGUCCACGUCACUCACACGCACUGCCUCGCUGCAGGCCAGCAGCGUCGGCGUGCCCCUGUCCGAGGCGCGCGACAUCAUGGCCCAGCUCGCGCGCGCGCUCCUCUGCCUCCACCGGACGGCGUCGAUUGUGCACGGCGACAUCAAGCUCGAGAAUGUGCUGGCGAGUCCGGCAAGCUCAGCCUGUCCUGCGACGACGGCGGCGACGGCGACAACCCCAGCAGCGACACGCUGGCGCCUGGCGGACUUUGGCCUGGCGAGGGCGCACCUCCGCCAGGCACCGUCAGUGGCUGCCUCUUCUUCUUCCUUUUCCAACACACCAGCAAAGAGGCGAGCAGCUGCGCGCGCCUCGGACAUCCUCCCUGCCCGGACAGGCACAGCAGGCACAGCGGGCCCGUCGUCGGCCGUCGCGCGCCGGCCCACGACGCUGAGCACCGGCGGCUCCCUCGCCUAUGCCGCGCCCGAGAUUGUGGCGUACGAAGGAGCGACAGCAGCAACAACAGCGACAACCACAGCGACGACCACGCCGUCAGCGAGGGAAAAGUACGGCCGCGACAUGUGGGCCCUCGGCUGCAUCCUCUACGCCCUCGUCUCGGGCCGGCUGCCGUUUGUCGACAGCUUUGAGCCGCGGCUGCAGCAGAAGAUUGCGCGGGGCGAGUGGGCGAUGCCGGCGCGCCUCGCUCGCCGCCGCCAGCGCCUGCGCCUCGACGAGGAGCAGCAGGCGCCAGGAGCAGGUGGCAGCAGCUUCGGUGGUCAUGCAAGAACAAAGAGCAGCAGUGGGAGCAGCAGCGGACACGGCAGCCUGAGCCGGACGACGAGCCUGACGACGGACCUCUCGGCCUCGCUGCCUGCGCUCGAAAUGCUGCAGGGGCACAAAGAAGGAGGAGGAGCAGUGAUGGAGGCAGAAGAGGCUGAAGAAGAAGAAGAAGAAGAAGAAGAGGAAGACGCAGGGUCAGACGCAGGCCUCGACACGGCCUUUGACGGCACCUCGAGGGACCGCAUCAGCGUCCGCACGCUCCUCCGCGGCCUGCUCCACAUCGACCCGGCCCGGCGGUGGACGAUCGACGAGGUGGCUGCCUCGCCGUGGCUCGCGCUCGCCGUGGGUGAGGGCGAGGGGGCAGGCGGUGACGAAGAGGCUGGCGAGGAAGGCAAAGAGGCACAAGAGGCCAGAAGAGCAGACACAGAGGCAGAGGAGGCAGGAGCAGAAGGAGAUGAAGAAGAAGACGAGGAGGAGGACCGGCGUGGACGCAAGCAGCUCGACUUUGGCAAGCGGCCCACGCGCGGCAGGGGCAUGUCGCGCGCCUCGUCGAGCCUCUCGCGCUCCCGGCCGCGGGACCCGGCAGCGGCCGCCGUCGCCGCUGCUGCCACCUCGUCACCCUCAUCGACCCGGAGCCUGAGCAGGAGCCUGAGCAGGACGCGGGCCCACUCGGACUCGCCAAGCAGCAGCUCGCCAGCCUCGGCGGGCCUCGGCGGCCGCGCAGCAGGGCCGAGCCGCGUCGACGAUGCCCCCGCCCACCGCUCGUCGACGUCGCGCAGCCGGAGCCGCGCACCCGACAGCCUCCGCUCCAUCCUCGACGGCAGCGCGCCAGACGAGCACGCGCGCCGCUAGAGGCAGCGGCGGCGGCAAGAAGAGCAGCCACAGUGCAGCGGCGGAAGAGCAGGACACGAAGCACUUGUAUUUAUUUUCCCGUGAACAA